UACGGGAGGUAACUGGAAUUACGCGAGUUCUUUCCCUUCGCGUCGCUCUUCAAUCUUCAAAAAAAUUCAGCAUGGCCGACAAAGACAAACCCAAGAAGGAGGAGAAAGAAAAGAAGCCGGACCUCGGGCUACUGGAAGAAGAUGAUGAAUUUGAAGAAUUUCCAGCAGAAGACUGGAAUAGUGCAGAUGAAGAUGAAAAGGAUAUUAAUGUGUGGGAGGAUAACUGGGAUGAUGACAAUGUAGAUGAUGAUUUAUCAGUACAGUUAAGGAAUGAACUUGAAAAGUUUUGUAAAAAUUCAGACGGCCAUGAACCAAUGAAGAAGUAGCGGGGACCAUUCAAUGUCAUCAGUUCUUAGUCAUCAACUUCAUCUCAUAAACAUGUGCUGAUUGAGAAUGGAACACAAUUUUGGGUUCAGCUGGACAGUAAUUUAUAUUUUGUGAAUUUCUUCAAAAUUUUGAGUGUAGAAGUAUAUGCAAAUACAUGCAAAAAGUUGAUAAUUUGUGAAUUAAUGGGUCACACAGGAGGUAUGAACGAAGUUCAGGAUAUUUUUGCAGACAUAGUUUAUCAUGUCAAAGCCAUCCGAUUACACUGUACAACUGAUUAAUAUAAAAGAAUAUGUCCAUCUGAAUUUUAGAGCAGGCAAGUUCGAUAAUAUUGUUCUGAAAUGGUUCAUUUUCUAAAUGAUUAUUUAAAAAAAGUUGUUUUGAUAUUAAAUAUUGUUUAUUC